UUCAGCUUGGGCCCUAACCUCUCUCAUCUCUGCUUUGGUAUUUGGCGUGUAAAUAUAUAUACACAGUUUGAAAAUCUGCCGCCAAAAAAGAGUGAUCAAAGAGAGCUAUGAAAGACUACCAGCUUCAAACUCCAAAGAAGGAUCAUCACCAUCAUCAUCAACAACACGCUAAUCGCAGAUCCAAGUCCAUCUCCGAUCACACCAAGAAGUCUCAGAAGAUUAGCAAAAAGUGCUUGGAUUCUGUAUUUACAUCGGUUUCAGAAGAUGUCUCAUUCAAAUCUCCGAAAGGCUCGAUCGAGUUCUCUUCACUCUCGGAGAUUUCUGAGGAUCAUCAAUUCGAUAAAUCCGCAGAGAGCUUCAUCUCAUCGCUGAAUCCAGUGCUUUCGCCUUCAUCUGAGACAGUUGCUCUGUCUGAUCUCACUCCAUUGUCGUCAGCUACCGCUGAUGUCUCAGUCUGCCAUUACAGAUCUGCUGAAACAAAAAAUAGUAUCGAUAUUGUUGCUGUAGAGGCAGAGAUGGUGGUGAAUCAUCUCAAGCAAGCUCGAAUUCAAGUUAUGAAUUCAACCAGCGCUGAUCUCCAGUGUAAGAAGCUUUUGGACACAUUGAUCGAAGUAGUGAUUGGGGAAUUCAAUGCUUUGCCCGAAGAGAAAGACCGGUUUGCUGAACUUGUUUUAACUAAAACUCAAGUUGUGUUUCUGAGUUUCUUGCUGUGGAUCCUUGCUGUUUCAGUGGUAUUUCUCUUCAGUUCUGGGGUACAAAGUUCCUUCAGUGAACCUCCGCCAACAUGAAAUCUAGUGGUUGGAGCAUUAUUGGUUGAUUGGUCCUUAAAAUGGUACGAUCUUUUGUCUUCAGCUUACUUUGAGUCCUUUUGUCAAAAAAAUUUUAGGUACACUUGUCUUUUCCACGUGGUGUCCUAUUCGAGUGUGAAUGGUUUGCACGAUGGGCCUCAUCACAUUAACUUUGAUGUUUUGCUUAGUUGUGACAAUUGAUAAUUGCUGUAGGAUAUUAAUGUCAAGUGACGCCCUUUUGGUACCCAAUAAUUUUCUCUUUUUUCACCUCACAAAGUGAAUUAAACUUUGGAUAAAGUACUGCUAAGGUUAGAAUUGAUUUGACAUUACUUGUAUCCUAGGAUUUUGCUCAACAUGUUACAUGUCUAUGUAAGAAAUUUACAGUACUACAAUGAUCAGAAUACUAUUCUAAUUCAUCUGAUUCAGUUGGAUCAGCAUUAU